CCGAGCGGGGCCCGGCCCGAGCGGGCCUGGGGGUGCGACGCCGAGGGCGGGGGAGCGCGCGCCGCUGCUCCGGACCGGGCCGCGCGCGCCGCCUCAGGUAAGGAGAUCAGAGCCUUCUUAUUCAGGAUCCAAGCAACCUGGGGUGCCUGCCACCUCCCUGACCGAGCCAUUGUGACUUCCGCAGUUGGAUUUUGUUGUCCAUGCAGGAACCAUCGCCAUUGUUAGAACCCGAUAGAAACCCUAGCCGGUUAUUGGACUAUCUCUCCCUGCAGCCUCGCUACCCGCUAGGAACCAGGAACUUUGAAGUGCGGCCGUGUCUCCACUGCAGCCAUGGGGUCUGAGGAUCACGGGGCCCAGAACCCGAGUUGUAAAAUCAUGACAUUUCGCCCAACCAUGGAGGAGUUUAAGGACUUCAACAAAUACGUGGCCUACAUCGAGUCCCAGGGAGCCCACCGCGCAGGCCUGGCCAAGAUCAUCCCCCCGAAAGAGUGGAAGCCACGGCAGACGUAUGAUGACAUCGAUGACGUGGUCAUCCCGGCCCCCAUCCAGCAGGUGGUGACGGGCCAGUCAGGCCUCUUCACGCAGUACAACAUCCAGAAGAAGGCCAUGACCGUCGGCGAGUACCGCCGCCUGGCCAACAGCGAGAAGUACUGCACCCCGCGGCACCAGGACUUUGACGACCUGGAACGAAAGUACUGGAAAAAUCUCACCUUUGUGUCACCCAUCUACGGGGCAGACAUCAGUGGCUCCUUGUACGAUGACGACGUGGCCCAGUGGAACAUCGGGAACCUGCGGACCAUCCUGGACAUGGUGGAGCGCGAGUGCGGCACGAUCAUCGAGGGCGUCAACACCCCCUACCUGUACUUUGGCAUGUGGAAGACCACCUUCGCCUGGCACACGGAGGACAUGGACCUGUACAGCAUCAACUACCUGCACUUCGGGGAGCCCAAGUCAUGGUAUGCCAUCCCGCCGGAGCAUGGCAAGCGCCUGGAGCGACUAGCAAUCGGCUUCUUCCCCGGGAGCUCCCAGGGCUGUGAUGCCUUCCUUCGGCACAAGAUGACCCUCAUCUCACCCAUUAUCCUCAAGAAGUAUGGGAUCCCGUUUAGCCGGAUCACGCAGGAGGCGGGAGAAUUCAUGAUCACCUUUCCCUACGGCUACCACGCCGGAUUCAAUCAUGGAUUCAACUGCGCAGAAUCUACCAACUUUGCCACCCUGCGGUGGAUUGAUUACGGCAAGGUGGCCACGCAGUGCACAUGCCGGAAGGACAUGGUCAAGAUCUCCAUGGACGUCUUUGUGCGCAUCCUGCAGCCGGAGCGCUACGAGCUGUGGAAGCAGGGCAAAGACCUCACGGUGCUGGACCAUACCCGGCCCACGGCCCUGAGCAGCCCCGAGCUGAGCACCUGGAGCGCCUCCCGGGCCUCACUCAAGGCCAAGCUCCUCCGCAGACAAAUUAGUCUGAAAGAAAACAGACACUGGAAAAAGACUGAGGAGGAGAGAAAACCCAAUCUAGAGAGGAAGAAAGAGCAGACCAGGAAGCCGGGGCUGUCGUCACACCGGAAACGGAGCCAGCCCAAGAAGCCCAAGCCGGAUGACCCCAAGUCUCCUGGCGAGGGGGCAGCUGGGGCAGCCAUCCUGGAGGAGACCGGUGGCGGAAUGAAGGAGGAGGCCGCACUGGAGGCCGACCCCGAGGAGGAGGAGGAGGAACCCCAGUCGCUGCCGCAGGGCCGGGAUGCCGAGGGCGCCGAAGAGGACGGGAGGGGCAAGCUGCGGCCGGCCAAGUCCAAGAGCGAGCGGAAGAAGAAGAGCUGCGGCCCCCUGCACCCCUACCAGCUGCCGCCGCCCCCGCCCCCCCAGUUCCCCAUGGAGGAGGCACCCCUGCUGGAGUCCCCCGCACCAGCACCCGGCCCUGAGGCCACUGAGGAGAGCCCCCCGCCACCGCCCCUCAAUGUGGUGCCCCCCGAGGCGCCUGGCGAGGAACCAGAGGCGAAGCCACGCCCCAUCAUUCCCAUGCUGUACGUGGUGCCACGGCCCGGCCCCACGACGGGUGACAAGGGCCGCGUGUCCUGCCAGCAGGCCUCUGAGCACUUUGCCCAGAAGGGCCCUACCUGGAAGGAGCAGGUGGCUCCCAUGGAGCUAACAGGGCCUGAGGAGGAGAGCGGAGCUGGCGAGGUGCAGGCUCCAGGGACCUUUUCCAAGUUGAAGAUGGAGAUUAAGAAGAGCCGGCGCCACCCUCUGGGCAGGCCGCCCACCCGGUCCCCGCUGUCUGUAGUCAAGCAGGAGGCCUCCAGUGAUGAGGAAGCCUUCCCUUUCUCUGGGGAUGAGGACGUGGGUGACCCUGAGGCCUUGAGGUCUUUGCUGUCCCUGCAGUGGAAGAACAAGGCAGCCAACUUCCAGGCCGAGAGGAAGUUCAACGCAGCGGCCGCCCUGACGGAGCCCUACUGCGCCAUCUGUACUCUCUUCUACCCAUACAGCCAGUCCCUACAGACCGAGAAGGAGACUCCCCAGGCCUCCCUCGGGGAGGGCCCUUCGGCCACACCGCCUUCCAAAAGUGGCCAGAAGACACGGCCGCUGAUCCCCGAGAUGUGCUUCAUCUCCAGUGGCGAAAACACGGAGCCACUCCCCGCCAACUCGUACAUCGGUGACGACGGAACCAGCCUGCUGAUCGCCUGUGCCAAGUGCUGCCUUCAGGUCCACGCCAGUUGCUACGGCAUCCGCCCUGAGCUGGUCAAUGAGGGCUGGACGUGUUCCCGGUGCGCGGCCCACGCCUGGACUGCGGAGUGCUGCCUGUGCAACCUCCGCGGAGGAGCCUUGCAGAUGACGACGGACAGGAGGUGGAUCCACGUGAUCUGCGCCAUCGCCGUCCCGGAAGUGCGGUUCCUGAACGUGAUGGAGCGCCACCCCGUGGACAUCAGCGCCAUCCCCGAGCAGCGGUGGAAGCUGAAAUGUGUGUACUGUCGGAAGCGGAUGAAGAAGGUGUCUGGCGCCUGCAUUCAGUGCUCCUGCGAGCACUGCUCCACCUCCUUCCAUGUGACCUGUGCCCACGCCGCCGGCGUCCUCAUGGAGCCAGAUGACUGGCCCUACGUCGUCUCCAUCACCUGCUUCAAGCACAAGUCAGGGAGCCACAACGUCCAGGUCCUGAGGGCCGUGUCCUUAGGCCAGGUGGUCAUCACCAAGAACCGCAACGGGCUUUACUACCGGUGCCGCGUCAUUGGCACCACCACGCAGACCUUCUACGAAGUGAACUUUGACGAUGGGUCCUAUAGCGACAACCUGUACCCAGAGAGCAUCACUAGUAGAGACUGUGUCCGGCUGGGACCCCCACCCGAGGGCGAGUUUGUUGAGCUCCGGUGGACUGACGGCAACAUCUACAGGGCCAAGUUCAUUUCCUCAGUGACCAGUCACAUCUACCAGGUGGAAUUCGAGGACGGGUCCCAGCUGACAGUGAAGCGUGGCGACCUCUUCACGCUGGACGAGGAGCUUCCCAAGAGGGUCCGGUCGCGCCUAUCGGUCAGCACCGGGGCCCCGCAGGAAAACGUCUUCUCGGGAGAGGAGGUGAAGGCCGCCAAGCGCCCGCGGGUGGGCACCCCUCGCGCCGCGGAGGACUCGGGGCGGAAUCCGGACUACCUGGCCUUCAUGGAGAGCCUCCUGCAGGCUCAGUGCCGGCCCGGAGCCUCCUUCUAGGCCAGCCGGCUGCCCAGCGACCCCCUCGGCCCAGCAAGGCAGGCGCGGCGGGCCCUGGCGUUUGCUUGCUGUGUGAAUCCCUGUCCUCGCCUCCCCCGCCCGAGAGCCUACCUCGGCGGCGGCGGCGACAGGAGCGAGCAGGACGCCGCACGCGCCCCCGGACUCAGGGAGCAGGGCCCCGUGGGCUCUGGGGGGCCAGCGGGGGCACGCGCCACCCCUUCGACCCAGAUUCGUAAACCAUGUAAGCUCUUCUUCUCGAAAAGGUGCUACUGCAUUGCCUGCCCCCUGAGCAGCCUUGGAGAUUGUGACUUCUGUAUAUAAAUCACCUUUGUGAGGUUCUUUCUAUAAAUACCUAUUGUUUAAAAAAAAAAUGCAAGAAAAAAAGGAAAGAAAAGGAAAAAAAAAAAAACAAACCCAAAGUUGUUUUCUAGAUUUGUGGCUUUAAAAACAAAACGAAACGUCCUUUUUCUCAAAACCGAAAUGGCUGCGGGAGAUGAAAGCAGCUCUUGUGUUUAUGUUUGUCGUGUUUUCGGGUCUUGCUCCUCCAUGAGCCACAGGGAUGUGCUGCAGCUGCGGCGAGGCCUGGGGGAGCCUGGAGGCCAGGGCAGGAUGCCUGGGGACCUGGGAAGGUGGCGCCUGGUCCCUCGAAGGUCUGGGCGGCUGGCACCGCCUCCUGGGCCCUCGGAAGGAGGCCAGCAGCUCCCUGGGGGUGGCCUCCCCCCCGCCCCCAUGUGCGUGGCCUUUUGCAAAAUAAAUGCUCUCUCUUCUGGUAGCUCCAUCUUUAGCUUCUUUCCCUCUGGAGGCCCAUUCCCCAGCCGAGGCCUCGGAUGGGAGGUCCUUGGGGGUCGGGCUGUGGCCCGAGUGAGUGAGCCAGUGAGCCGGGGGCUCUUCCCCGGACCCCUAGGGGCUGGCAUAUCCUGUGUCCUCUGCAGCGCAGGGAUUGGUGCGUCUGGGAGAGAGAGCACGAAAGGGAAUCUGCUGCUUUCAGCUCGAGGGAGAUCUGCCUCUUAAGGGUUGUGGGCUGAAUUUCUACACAAAAACGUGCUCCUCGCGCCCUUCCCCCCCCCCCCACCCCGGGCUGGGGAAGGAGCUAGCCCGGCUCAGCCCGCCCCCACCCGCCCCUGUCCCCUGCAGAGGGAUGGAGAGCAUCACUUGCUUGUAUAAAAAAAGAAAAAAAAAUUUUUUUUUUAAUUUAAAAGAGGCUCUAACGGUCGCCAGGCCAGAGAACCACGUAAGGAAAGUGGAGAGUAACUUCAUUGGUGGGGGAAGGGGCAGGUGCCCUGGAGGGGCGGGCGGGGCGGGAGGUACCAGGGGAGUUGGCGAAAUGUGGGGGUUCCCUCUGCAUGCAGCAGCCCCCCACCCCGGGCGCUGUCCCUGUGUUCAUAUGUAGUUUGAAAAUGCUAUUUAUAUUGUAAAGAGAAUAAAAAGGAAGCGGCCAGACGCCCCUCUGGCCGCAUGGCCAGUCCUUCUGGGUCGCACCCGGUCGGUCGUGGGUUCCCAGACUGGUGCAGACAGGUGGCGGCACAGCAAAGGGAAAUGCACUUUCCCCACGAAGAUAUAUCUGUGUCUAUGUGCGAAAACGGCAAGAAAAAAGAAAACCCACCCCCUCUGAUUUUUUUCCUACCCGAGAUUAAGGAUGCGCUGUAUUUUUGCCUAAUUCCCCUGCCUCUAGGUUCAUAAUGAAUUAAAGGCUCGUGAGCACUGCGAAUUACA